AUGGACAGUCACCAGAGCGUUCCUCAAGCUCCACAACCUCAAGACGUCAGACCAACUCCUGACCAAGCUCAAGUGGUCACGCCUACAAUUGGAACUUGUGAUGUUCCUCACUAUGAUGGGCUUAGUUAUGGAAUCCAUCCACCUCCCAUUGAAGCCCACGCCUAUGAGAUCAAGCCAAGCUUGAUAAGGUUAAUUCAAAGCUCUAAGUUCUUGGGAAAUGGAUUGGAGAAUCCUUAUGAUCACUUGGACUACUUUGAGAGGUUGUGUGGCACAUUUAGGCGUGCUGGUGUUCCUGAAGACAGUAUCAAGCUCCUUUUGUUUCCAUUUUCACUUGGAGAAAAGGCAAGCAAAUGGGAAAGAGCUAUACAAUCUCAUUUGGUCAAGUCUUGGGAUGAUUGCAAGAGGAUCUUUCUUUUAAAGUUUUAUCCCACCCAAAGAACCCACCAAAUGAGGAGAAACAUCUUAAGCUUCCAACAGGACAGCCAUGAGACCUUUCAUGAGGCAUGGGAAAGGUUGAGAGGAUACACUAGGGAUUGUCCACAUCAUGGGUUUACAAGAGAAGCUAUACUUAGCCAUUUCUAUUGGGGAGUUGCUAAGGAGCAGAAAUGGACAUUGAUGUAG